AUGCAUGAGGAUUUAGUGUUGAGAGUGAAGAGUAUUGCAAAAAAAAGCCCAGCCAUUGGAUUGGAGGAGAGUAGGCGAUCGGAGCGCCCAGACGACAACAGUUGUCUUCUAGUUGUUGGUGGAGCGCACGCUGACAUCAUCCCCCCCUCAAGCUCGAACUCGGGCAAGAGCUACCUUUGUGCCAGCCCAUCUUCGUGGGUUCUGCCUCUAGCCUGGGCAAAAGUGGCCCACUGGAACUGGCUUUUUGGCUUGGACUCCCCCCAGCCCCGGGCUUGGGCUCCUCGGUGGAGUUGCUCUAAAGCCCGUAGUCCAAGAACACAAGUCAAUUCCAACUCUGAAGGUUGCGACAAGCAGCUGAAGGAAGCAUGA